AUGUCCAAGGUAACGGCGCCCGGGCCCGGGCCGCCGGCGGCGGCAGCGAGCGGGAAGGAGAAGCGCUCCUUCAGCAAGCGGCUGUUCCGGAGCGGCCGCGCGGGCGGCGGCGGCGGCGCUGGGGGCCCCGGGCCGGCCGCGCCCUCCUCGCCCUCGUCGGCGCGCUCGGUGGGUAGCUUCAUGAGCCGCGUCCUCAAGACGCUGUCCACGCUCUCGCACCUUAGCUCCGAGGGCGCCGCCCCGGACCGCGGCGGCCUCCGCAGCUGCUUCCCGCCCGGGCCCACGGCCGCGCCCACGCCGCCGCCGUGCCCGCCGCCGCCCGCCUCGCCCGCGCCGCCCGCCUGCGCCGCGGAGCCGGUGCCCGGGGUGGCGGGGCUCCGGAACCACGGCAACACGUGCUUCAUGAACGCCACGCUUCAGUGCCUCAGCAACACCGAGCUCUUCGCCGAGUACCUGGCGCUCGGCCAGUACCGGGCGGGGCGGCCCGAGCCCUCGCCUGACCCCGAGCAGCCCGCCGGGCGCGGCGCGCAGGGCCAGGGUGAGGUCACCGAGCAGCUGGCGCACCUGGUGCGGGCCCUCUGGACCCUGGAGUACACCCCGCAGCACAGCCGCGACUUCAAGAGUAUUGUGUCAAAGAAUGCACUGCAAUAUCGGGGAAAUUCCCAGCAUGACGCCCAGGAGUUUCUGCUGUGGCUUUUGGACCGAGUUCAUGAAGACCUCAAUCAUGCUGUGAAGCAGAGUGGCCAGCCUCCUCUGAAGCCACCAUCAGAGACGGAUAUGAUGCCUGAGGGACCAUCUUUUCCUGUCUGCAGCACUUUCGUACAAGAACUUUUUCAAGCCCAGUACAGAUCUUCUUUGACUUGUCCUCAUUGCCAGAAGCAGAGCAACACUUUUGAUCCUUUCCUCUGCAUUUCUUUGCCAAUUCCACUACCCCACACAAGGCCUCUAUAUGUCACUGUAGUGUAUCAAGGGAAAUGUUCUCACUGCAUGCGGAUUGGUGUGGCCGUGCCUCUGUCUGGGACUGUCGCCAGACUUCGGGAAGCAGUGUCUAUGGAAACAAAGAUCCCCACUGAUCAGAUUGUGUUAACAGAAAUGUACUAUGAUGGGUUCCAUCGUUCCUUUUGUGACACAGACGACCUGGAAACAGUCCAUGAAAGCGACUGCAUUUUUGCCUUUGAGACUCCAGAAAUAUUUAGGCCUGAAGGAAUUCUCAGUCAAAGAGGAAUCCACUUAAACAACAACCUAAACCACUUGAAAUUUGGCUUGGAUCAUUAUAGACUGUCUUCUUCUACACAAGCAGCAGCAAAGCAGGGGAGAGCGGACUUAACCCCCGCGAGAGCAGGAAGCGACAAGAUUGUUCUGUUAGUGUGUAACCGAGCCUGCACUGGGCAGCAAGGGAAAAGAUUUGGACUACCUUUUGUGCUGCACUUAGAGAAGACAAUAGCAUGGGACCUUCUGCAGAGGGAAAUCUUGGAGAAGAUGAAGUAUUUCUUGAGGCCCACAGUUGGCAUUCAGGUGUGUCCGUUCAGUUUGCGAGUGGUCAGUGUUGUGGGAAUAACAUACUUGCUGCCCCAGGAGGAGCAGCCCCUGUGCCACCCAACAGUAGAAAGGGCACUAAAAUCUUGUGGACCAGGUGGCACUGCUCAUGUGAAAUUAGUGGUAGAAUGGGACAAAGAGACAAAAGAUUUCUUGUUUGUAAAUACCGAAGAUGAGUAUAUCCCUGAUGCAGAAAGUGUCCGGCUGCAAAGGGAGCGUCACUAUCAGCCUCAAACUUGCACUUUAUCCCAGUGUUUCCAACUCUACACCAAAGAGGAGCGGCUUGCCCCAGAUGACGCCUGGCGUUGCCCGCACUGUAAGCAGCUGCAGCAGGGGAGCAUUACGUUAAGCCUCUGGACGCUGCCUGAUGUGCUUAUUAUACAUCUAAAGAGAUUUCGACAGGAAGGAGACAAGCGUAUGAAACUUCAGAACAUGGUGAAGUUCCCUCUGACUGGUCUGGACAUGACACCUCACGUGGUUAAGAGAAGCCAGAGCAGCUGGAGUUUGCCAUCCCAUUGGUCUCCAUGGAGACGGCCCUACGGACUCGGGCGGGACCCUGAGGACUACAUCUAUGACCUGUAUGCUGUGUGCAAUCAUCACGGCACCAUGCAAGGGGGGCACUACACAGCAUACUGCAAGAACUCCGUGGACGGCCUCUGGUACUGCUUCGACGACAGUGAGGUGCAGCAGCUGUCGGAAGACGAGGUCUGCACGCAGACGGCGUACAUCCUCUUCUACCAGAGGCGGACAGCUAUACCGUCAUGGUCGGCCAACAGCUCGGUGGCAGGCUCCACAAGUUCCUCCUUGUGUGAACACUGGGUGAGCCGUCUCCCGGGGAGCAAGCAGGCCAGCGUGACCUCUGCAGCUUCCUCCAGACGCACCUCCCUAGCCUCGCUGUCUGAGUCUGUGGAGAUGACUGGGGAGAGGAGUGAAGAUGAUGGAGGUUUCUCAACUCGACCAUUCGUGAGAAGCGUCCAGCGCCAGAGCUUGUCAUCCAGAUCUUCUGUCACCAGCCCCUUGGCCGUCAAUGAAAAUUGCAUCAGACCUUCCUGGUCCCUGUCUGCUAAGCUGCAGAUGCGCUCCAGUUCCCCUUCCCGCUUCUCAGGGGACUCUCCGAUUCACACCUCCGCCUCCACCUUGGAGAAGAUCGGGGAAGCAGUGGACGACAAGGUUUCCAUCUCUUGCUUUGGUAGCUUGAGGAACCUGUCCAGCAGUUACCAGGACUCAAGCGGUAGUCGCAGUCGACGGGAGCACAAGGCUGUGGGUCGGGCCCCUCUGGCUGUCAUGGAAGGUGUGCUCAGAGACGAGCCAGACACCCGCAAGUUGAACUCCAGUGCUGAGGACACACAGAGCAAAAGCUCAGCACAGGGGGAUCCCUUGCCCCCCAUAGUGGGUCCAUUUGAUAACAAUAACCAGAUUGCUUAUGUGGAUCAGAGCGAUUCUGUAGACAGCUCUCCGGUCAAAGAGGUGAAACCUCCAAGCCACCCAGGCUCCCUCUCAAAGAAAUCGGAGAGCACAGCCAGGAGAUCCCCCAACUCCAGAGGCGCUCCUGAGCCAAACAGAAGCUUGCGGAAGGGGAGACCAGUCUUGGCCAGCCAGGAAUCAUCUCUUUCCAGUACAUCCCCUUCUUCUCCUGUUCCUGUAAAAGUUUCUGUAAAGCCGUCCCGCUCCCGAAGCAAAGCCGAUUCUUCUUCCAGGGCCAGUGGACGACAUUCCUCCCCUGCCCCCCAAAAGGAGUCCUCCCCCAAAUCCCAGGACUCCGUGUCAUCUCCUUCGCUCCAGAAGCAGAAGUCAGCUUCUUCCCUCGCUGACAAUGCUUCCUCCACAUCCGCCAAAAAAGCCUCAGGCCCUACCCCGAGGGGCCCCUUCCCUCCUGGGAAGAGCAGGACUUCAGACAGGAGCUUAAGCAGAGAGGGCUCCAGACAAAGCCUGGUUUCCGACAGAGCCAGCGUCACCUCCAGCCCCAAACCCAGUUCCCCUCGCGUGAGCCAGGCCAGAGCCGGGGAUGGCAGGGGGGAUGGAAAGCAAGUCCGCAGCUCCUCCAUGGCCAGCCUGCGCUCCCCCAGCAUGAACAUGAAGGCCGGUCUGAAGAGGGACAGCAAGUCGGAGGACAAGGGGCUGUCCUUCUUCAAGUCAGCCUUGAGACAGAAGGAAACCCGGCGGUCAACGGACCUUGGCAAGACACCCUUGCUGUCCAAGAAGGUGGGCGGGAGCUCAGUCAAGUCCGUCUCUAAGAGUGCAGUGGAUGACAAGGCAGAGAAAGGCUCCCAGGCACUAGGCUCCCAGCAGCCAAAUGUGAAUGCAGUUGGAAAAGAGCAGCUUGCCUCCAAGGACCCUGCUUCUGCUAAACAUUCCCUGCUGUCCGCUCGCAAAUCCAAGUCUUCCCAGCUAGAUUCUGGAGCGCCCUCAUCUCCUGGUUGCAGGCAGUCUGCUGAGAAAUCCUCAAAAAAGUUACCUUCUAGCAUGCAAACCAAUGCACGGCCUUCUCAAAAACCUCAGUGAUAUUUCUGCAAUCCAAGUGUUUUAUCUGUAAAGAUGUUAAUUUAUUUAGAACCCAUUCCCUCCCACCAAAGCCCUCUAUGCUUUUGUUUUGUAUUUUCUGGGUCACGUGCCUGACGUACGUGUGUGUGUGAGUGUGUGUGUGUGUGUGUGUGUGUGUGUGUGUAGAAUUAAAUUGCAAAUUGUUAAAAGCAUCGCCUUAUUCUGCCAUUGAACCAAAUAACAGCCAUAGGCAAAGCAUUGAUACCAAGUUAACUGGAAUAAUCGCAGACGAUACCCUGGACGGUCCCUUUAGCAAUUGUACAUAUUUCUUUCUAGAGAACUCUAAUGACUUUCGUUGGACACUAGGGACUUGAAACCUGUGAACCAGUUAAGCUGUCAUUAGUGUGCUCUGUAGAAGGAUGAAUUAUUUGACUUGUGUUUCAUCUGAGCGGAAUUUGUCCUCACUGCGUGCGGAUUGUCGUGUGGCACCAGAAGCUCUAAAAACUGUGACACUAACAGUGAAACAAACCGAGGGAAGACUGUCGCUUUCUGCACUUUGGCCCCAUCUACCAGUCUUUGUAAAGGGCAAUAUUUUAACACUAAUGUUUCUCAGGUAUAUACUCAGCUAGUCUAGGAUGGGUGCACAUCAGUGAAAGGAUCAAAGAAGAAGGUGGCCUGUGGGUGGCUGUCAUUUCUCCUACUGCCACAGAUAGAAGUUUUUAGAGGUAGAAAUGAAGUCCUGCACCACCUUCAUAUCUGCAAAGAUGUCUGUACCAUAAGCUGUCUUGACCCUUGGGAUAUGUCCUAAGAGGUGGCAAACUGGAUAGCUGGAAAGCCAGUCACUAGUAGGUAAAUUUAUUUUUUCCUUGUAAAUUUGCUAGCUAAGGUCAUUGGGAUUUUGAAAUAUAGUAGAGCAGUUAAUACCUUUGAAAGAUUCCUGGAAAAAAAAAAUGGAUUCUAAACUGGAUGCAUAAAUCUGCCAUUUUCCUUCUCUGGUGUUGCUUUUUUCCGUGUUAGAAGUUGAAUGCUCCAUGCUGCACCGUGUGUGCAUGCCUUUGUUUCCUCAUCUUGUAAUUUGGAGAGGAAAGAAGUUGCCUAAUGCCAGCAGUUAGUGAUGGUAUGUUAGAACGAUGUGUGACAAAGUGUUACAUGCACACUUCCGGUCCUGCCUGUCAGUCUUAGUUGUGACUGUUUUUCAGGAACUCAUUUAUUUCUUCUUUGUGCUGAAGAUUUAAUCUCUUACCCAGAAACUCACAAGCAGGAUGGAGCAUGUUCCAUCUGGCAUUGUCAGUGCAAGUUGUAUUUCUUGUUUAGAAAAAAAGGGAACCUCGCAGAAAUCCAAAGAUAAGCAAGAUUUUAUAUAUAUA